GGUGAGUGUGGGGUGGGGAGAGGUCAAAGGUCACGGCCAGUCAACUGCUGGGCAGAAAACAGACACGACUUACGUGCGCAGUUCCCGCAUCAGUUCUGCUCCAACCAGAGCCAGCCGGCCGCCUUGGAGAACUGCACUCGCAACGACGGCCUGUGUGCAAACUGCAGUUGGGUGACAACUCCUUGGAGUGACUGCUAUUGUCCAGCAGAAGUGAAGAUCAGAAACGUGUUGUGCAGCAGUGGAUUGGACGAGUGUUGUUUCCAGAGGGAGACUAGUACACCUCCAGAGGCAGACAUGUGUGACUGUUUUACCACAGACCAGCCAACCUCAUCCACUCCCACUGAAGAGACUUGCACUGAUUACACUGGGGUCAAAUGUAACCAGUUGAAGGAGGAUGGCUACUGCUCUGAAGACAACACCAAUUUCAUCAAACUGCUCUGUUGUCAGACUUGUUCAGGUGUACUCUAGCUCUCUCUCUCUCUCUCUCUCCCCCCACUCACUGUAUAUACCUCUGGGCCAUGUAUCAUUUCAACUACAUUUAGUCACUUUCAAGAAAAUUUUCAUUCUCGUGUUACAAUGUCCAUCACUUUUUGUACAUAGUUUUAUUGCGCCAUCUUUUCCAAUAUUUUUUUCUUCAAAAGACCUAGAGUCAAAGAAAUGUAGCAUACAGAUAUAAUGCGGUGAGUGGGGAGUUAGCUAAGUAUUGGAUCAGAGCCAAAUUGUUGUCUAAGAAUUCUCUUUUCUUCUUCGACAUAGUUCUUCCCUCGAGAAGAUUGCCCAAUGUCCCUCUUUCUCUUCUCCUUCACUCUAAAUAGUGCCCCCUUUGCUUUCUUCGCCGCUGGGGAUUCAGACGUCUCGGACUCGCUUGCCCCCUCUUGAGCACGUUUCACCUGCCGCUGAGUAUCCCCUGGGGUCUCUCUAACACUAGUUACCGCCGAAGUUCCAGUCCCGCUGGAUACAGGCCCGUUGUCGUACCUGACGGGAGGCGAAGAGAAUUCAACAGUGCCGGUACCGAGAAUGGUGCGAGUCAGGCUGCUGGUGACGGGGCCAGAUUUCUCCUUGAGGCUGUCCGGUGGAGGAAUGGCGACGUAGCCUUCUCUCUCGUGGACAGAGGGCUCCUCUACCUCCGUGUUCUUCUUAACAAAUUUGUCCCAGUCGAUGAACUUUUCGUUGGGGUUGUUAAGGAAGGAAGGCCGGCCCACCGACUUGAAGAGGGAGUUGGGUGAAGGGAGUUUGUCUGCCCCGUCAUUCACAGCCUCAGAGGGUUUGUCUGUACGGGAGUCUCCAGCGUCUUCUUCCUCCUCAGAAUCAGAGCUAUCGUCUCCUGCUGCGAAGAAGUUGAGA